ACUCGUUUAUCGACCUCUGAUCUGCCAUUCGGAGCCUUUUGACCGUUACACCACCUACCUUGCUGUGGUUGAACGAACCCCUACCGUAGCGCAACCUGUCGCCCCCUUUCACCUUUCCGAUUCACGCCGAGUCUUCUGUCAAGACUAUCCGCCAAGUCUACGAAACCAUCUGCUCGCCUGCUCUCCAAAUUUCUCGUGCUCCCCUACGAUCGCAAACGUACGCCGGGAACCCGCAGAAGCAUUCCGCAACCCCAGCGACCAAACGAGCUACAUGAUUUUGCCCUUGCAGAACCGGCCAGUUCAUCAUCUGAGGCAGGAAAGGGAGAAAGCUGUUGAAUGUUUGGCUGGAGAAACGCCAAUCUUACGGAUACCUAAAUGAGUCGACCCCAUUAUGGAAGAGAUAUGGAUGUACCACUAGCAGGAGGAUCUGUUAAGAGGGCGAGAGAACGGGCUCAGCUGGCGCGUUCUGCGCGUCAACCGGAGAAUGAUUUGACACCAGAUAUGUCCCCUACCUCUUCACCUCGUCCCGCCGCACGAGGAGCAGCCACGACGCAGUCUCGAAUCCCGAGACCUCAAGAACUUCCGAAAGGACAAGACAAAGACGGAAACGGUCUAGGGGUUCCUAUCUCCCGACCGACUCGAAUUCCUCAGUGGCCGUUGCCUAGCUCUAUUCCGCCGCCUGCUACUACAACGGGGGCUGAGCCGUAUCACCCCCCUCCAGGACGAUCCCAACCACCCCAACGGCCUCCGCGUCCGAGUCAAGUACCUUCAAUCCUGGACGGCUCUCGUGUCCAGGACCCUACUCCGGUGUUCGCAUACACCCCGCUAAACGACCGAGAUUCGACGCAAAGCCGCGAUCUGCACAAGUCGGUUCCGCCGACGACUUCGUCGAGACAAACUCAGUCAACCGUUUCGUCCGUCGGAUCGAUACCCGAUUUCCCCAUACCAUCCGCGACGACCCAAACAGCCCCGCAACCGACCUUGGCACCACCACAAAGGAGGAGUAUCGACCUCGGCCCACCCCCUUCAUCGAGGAGAGGGCUUUUGUCGUUUUAUUCUAACGCGUCUUUCGUGUCGCCGAUCCCUGAAGAGAGUCCGCGUUCGAGGUCGCGUACGUCAUUUGCCUCGAGUGCGGCAAUGCCGGAGAGUUGGGGACUUGGAUCUCCCGAGCCGAGUCCCAUGCAUCGAACAGCCCCCCAUGGCGAGGAGCCCAUUGCUGAGGAGGAUAGUGUAUACUCCCCAUCACAAGGCGAUGAUGACGGAGACGAGAGCAGGCUCAUGAGAAGUGCAAGCAUAGGCAAGAGGGGGAAACCAGCCCUUAUCAUGAACCGAGGACCGGCUGGAGAGCAAGGAACGAAGGGGACUCAGUCUGGUCCAUCGUCAAUCCGGCCCGACCCUACCCCAGGGCAAGGGCGUAGGGGUCCUUUUCAUAGCGGGACCGACUAUACCGGCCCCUCAUCUAGCUCAUCCGACAAUGUACCCGCCGUCAAGAAACACGCCGGGGCAGCCGUGCCGCCAACCGCCGACGCCAUGCUAGGCGCCUAUGUAGCAGCAACCAGUGCUCCCGAUCCGGUAGAGAUGAGGAAGACGACACAGUCACCGCGGCCUUUCAGCCGGUUAUCGGCGAUGCGGCGGCCUCCCAAGCUGACGCUUGAUAUGGACUCGGUUAGGGCCAUGGAGGCCAGGGGAAGCAUGACGAGCUUACCCGACCUGAUCAAGCGCGCAACACGUCUGGCUGCCAUGAUGGACCGCGGGAAGCGACCAGGCAGCCGGCUUGACGACCUGAGCGACUUUGCCGGCGAGAAGGCUCUGGAGACAGAGUUGACCAGGCAAGAUCGACACCAAUCAGGUCUUUCAGACAUGCUGGCGGCAUUUCCGCCGCCGGCUGGGACGCCUGGACCGACGCGUCACAGCCGCGGCAGCUGGUUCCUCCGCACUCGCUCGUCCUGGCCAUUGGCGCCGGGUAGUCGGGACGGAACACCACUCGGGCGGCCGCGGGCAAGAGCCGACGAUGUCGGAGAGAAAGGGGAGCGACAACGACGACGGUGCUGCGGCAUGCCCCUGUGGGGCUUCAUUCUUCUCAUGAUCUUCGUCCUCGGCGUCGUGGCGGCUGCGGUCAUUGUGCCCAUCUACUUCUUUGUUCUGCUGCCCGGUCAGGAGAACAACAGGCAGGCGGUGCCGGCUAACACGGAAUGUCAAUCGCAACUCACAUGUCAGAACGGAGGGACAAACGUGAUCGCGGGAGGAGUUUGCUCGUGCAUCUGUACUAAUGGGUUUACGGGGUCGACGUGUGGUGUGGCCGGUACGGCGGGAUGCACGACGACGAAUCUGGUUCUCAUGGCGGAGGAGGGCAACAUCAACAACGUGACGCUUGGGCAAGCAAUACCGCGUCUCAUCCAGGAAGGGCAGACGAACUUCAGCAUACCCCUGGUGGGGACGACGAUCCUGGCCAAGUUUAGUCGGGAGAACUUGUCGUGCAUAGCGCAAAAUUCGCUGGUCACGUUCGACGGGAGGUCGAUGCGCACCGGCGUAGCUGACACGGAGGUUUUGAUCGAGGACACGGGCGGCGCCAACACGGUUCCCGCAGGGGACAUUGCGGGCGCCGAACCUGUUCCGGUGCUCACGGUCCCAGCACCUGACAGUUUCAGGGAGACGACGAUUCUGAGCGGCACUGUUACAGUCACGACGACAAUCACUUCCAUUCUGCCGCUGCCGCCACCUCCGCUAAGCACCGCCCCUCCUACCAGCUCAGACGACAUUCCGGCGGUGGCUUCGACGGUCAGCUCUUCGCCCCCGUCAGCGACAUUUACCGUCACGGAGGAAGUGCUCGACUUUUCACGGGUAGCCAUUCUGUUUAUUCUCCAGGAGAGAUCCCUCGAUGCAGCGACGGAGUCUCAGACGGUGCUGCAGCGGUUUUUCGCGGCGGCGAGCCGCGGGAGCCGCGAUGGGGAGGCCGACGGAGGAAGUGGCUUCACGCGGGACAUGGCGAGGCGAGUGAGGCUGGCUGAUGGCGUUCUGGUCGACCUGGUGAAUUUCCUGAUCAAUGUUUCAGAAGAAAACAAUCCGGAGGACACCGAGGCGCAAUAAGCGCCAGCUCUACGGGACAGACGAGCCUGUUUGGUUAUGUCGCUACUAGCAGAUGACAGCGGGGGGCUAAAGGGACUGCGUGUAGCAUAUAACAGCGGGAUGCCUCACGGGCUGAGGUGACAAAAUAGGCUUCUUCUAGCACUGGUAUGGUUGGUACGGCAUAGCACCGGCAGUCGGCUUGCGUUUGGGGGAUCAGGGCAAGCUGGGUGCUGAUGGGCGGUUGUCUUGUAA